AUGUCUCAGAUAGCUUACAUCCAAGAGCUCACCGUCGAUUUUGACCAAUAUCAUGAAGAUCUGGUGGCUGAUCUUCAACGUUGGGACGAUGCGAUUGAUGGAACAAUUGGUAAUCGGAUCCUCCAAACGUUUUGUGCUCUCAAUAGACUCCACUUGAAGAUUGUUUUUGUCGAGCGCAGAAUAGCCCUCAUUCAACACAUGAGAAGCUUGCCAGCGGAAGCUAGAGCCGAGCUUUUGAGUGAGUACGAGAGACUCUUGGAAUUGAUGUAUCCGAUACGCCAGUGGUACGAGACCAUUCGAGAUGACUACCGAGAUCUACAGACCGCUAGAAACAAUGGAGAUUGGGAAACUGCCAGAGAGCUUGAGGAAGAGCUUGAUUUAGAGCCGGGACAUGCUUGA